AUGGUGCCCCUCUGGCAGAUCCAAUGUUUAAUCGGCAACUAUGACACCCCUGUGCCCUGCAUCCUCAAUGGCUGCUCUGGCAUUGUCAGCAUCAGUGAACAGUGCUGCAAACAAAUCAGACUUGCAUACACCCCAAUAAAAGGACAGUGCAUGGAAUCUGCAAAUGAUUUGGUCAGUCAACUUCUUGGACACAUCCCAAAUUUACGCAUUGGCAUCUCUGGUCUCAACUUCUAUGUACAGGCUUUCAUCCUCCCAAACCUGCCUUUCCACCUGCUCCUCAGUUGCCCAUUCCAUGUCCUUGCCUCUUGCAUCACUCAGGAUUAUACAAGCAGAAAACAGAAGAUACAGAUCACAUGUUCAAAUUCCCACCAGACCAUAAACCUGUGGACCCAAUUGCACUGA